AUUAUGUUCAUCUCUUACUCCUGCUAUUCUAUUCCAUUUAUUUAAUAUGGUAUCAGAGCCGAAAUCCUGGCUAUUUUUAGACUAGUCGACAAUCUGCCAUACUAGAACGAGAUGGCCAUCGGUGGUGACGACGGCGGCAAUGGCGGAGCACUAACCAUUGAUUGCAUGUCACCAUACUAUAUUCAAUCGGGUGAUAAACCCGGUGAUGUUUUUGUUACUUCACUUUUGCGUGAUGGCAAUUAUGGGGAUUGGCUCGAUGAAAUGACCAAUGCCCUAUAUGCCAAAAAUAAAAUUGGAUUCGUCAACGGCGAUAUACCUAUGCCGGAAGAAAAAUCCCCUUAUUUGCCAUAUUGGCAACGAGCUAAUGCAAUGGUUAAGGCAUGGCUAAACAGUAGCAUGGAACUUGAAUUGAGACAAAGUGUCAAAUUCAAAACUGCUCGAGAAAUAUGGCUGGAUCUUGAUGAAAGAUUCGGCAAAGAGAGUGCUCCUCGGGCGUAUGAAUUGCGGUGUGCGCUUGGUGCCGUUCGGCAGGAUGGGCAAUCGGUGUCUGCAUAUUUUAGUAGACUCCGACGAAUAUGGGAUGAAAUAGGGUCUAUCUCCAAAACGCCAAGCUGUUCGUGCGGCAAGUGUUCGUGUAAUAUCACUAAGCAAAUCAAUGAAGCCCGUGAUCGGGACCAUCUUUACGACUUCCUAAUGGGUCUUGAUGAUUAUUAUAGUCAUCUAAAAUCCCAGAUUCUAGCCACACGUCCGGUGAUUAGCUUGACGGCAGCAUAUCAUAUUGUUUCUGAAGGCGAGCAACACCGGAAUAUCACAGCCACCAGAAAAUUGAGCGGCGAGAAUACUGCCUUCCAAGCACAUACCAGGCCGGCGCCUUCCACCAGUCGAGGACCUGGAAAUAAAACUGGGCGUAUGUGCACUCAUUGCGGCAGGACUAACCACACGAUUGACACAUGUUUUGAAGUCAUCGGGUAUCCUGCAAAUUGGAAUCUACGUGACCAUGCUACUGUGGACACAAAGGGAAAAGACAACAAGCCACAUGGAGGGAAUUCCAGAACUCAGAGACAUGUGCGAGACACAGAACGAGAGAGAAAAGGCGGACCAUCUAAAAUUGCCCAUGUUGACCAAACUGCUGCACACGUGUCAGGGCUGACCUCCGAACAGCUCCAGCGUCUGGCUUUUUUUAUGCGCACUGAGUUUGAUGAAAAGGGACCCACACCUCAAAAUUCUAAAGAUGCACAAAUUAACAUGGCAGGUACGAGUGAAAUCCAAGGUCCGUGGAUUAUUGAUUCAGGGGCUUCUGAACACAUUACGUGUGAUGAGCGACACUUAACAAAUAUUAUGGCAAAUCCCUCUGAAUCUCCAAUCCGGAUUCCAAAUGGUGAUACUAUACCUGUACACGCAGUUGGAAGUGUGCGGCUGCCCAGUGGACUCACCCUCGAAGAAGCUGAUUGGAGUGGGUAGGUGCCGUGAUGGGCUUUACUAUUUGGAGACUCUCAACAGUGAGCGGGUGGCAAUGAUGGUGUCCUCACACAACGAAGUCUGGCAUCGUCGCCUAGGACAUGCUUCUGACGACAAAAUUAGUCAUAUUACCGAUUUGAAAGGUUUCAAGAGAGACACUCCUUUUUGUGAUUCUUGUGUUCGGGCUAAACAAAUUCGUCUUCCUUUUC